AUGCAAGUGAAGGCAAGUGACAGUGGGAACCCCCUACUCACCAGCAACAUGUCACUGAACUUGUUUGUGCUGGACCAGAAGGACAAUGCACCAGAAAUCCUGGACCCUACUCUCCCCACUGACAUGUUCCACCAUCAGGGAACUGGUACCCUGCUCCACAGAACCUGGCUACCUGGUGACCAAGGUGGCUAUAGACAGAGACUUGUGUCAGAACACCAGGCCUACCACCUGUUCAAGGCCAGUGAGCCAGGGCUCUUCAUGGUAGGACUCCACACAGGAAAGGUGUGCACUGCAUGGGCCCUGCUGCACAGAGACUGGCUCAAGCAGAGCCUGGUGGUGGUAGUACAGGACCAAGGCCAGCCCCCUCUCUCGGCCACUUUCACCCUCACUGCAGCCUUAGCCCACAGCAUCCCAGGUGGCCUGGCUGACCUCAACAGUCUGGAGGUCCUCACCUACCCAGAGAUCUCAGACUUCACAUUAUACUUGGUGGUGACAGUGGCUGCAGUGUCCUGUAUCUUCCUCACCUUUGUCAUUGUGUGCUCAGGUUGUGGCAUUGGCACAUCUCAAAUCUGCUGCAGGCUGCAGGGCUUGGAUUGGCUGUGCCUUCUUCUUUGUGGGCGUGGAUAG